AUGGCCAAGCCGGCUCCGACUAAGAACGCCGGCGACGCAGCAACGGCGGUGGUGCCAGUGCCGAGUCCGUUCGAGUACCAUGUCUAUGGCCCCCGCAAGCUGUCCUUCACCAGCUGGAGAGAUCUUCUUAGCUCAAGCUGGAAGAACCCUGACUACCGGCGGAUGGUGAUCGCGUGCUUCAUCCAGGGGGCGUACCUGCUGGAGCUGGACCGGCAGGAGAAGCGGGACGAGCGCACCAGCCUCGCGCCGCAGUGGUGGCGCCCGUUCAAGUACAGGCUGGUCCAGGCGCUCGUCGACGAGCGCGACGGCUCCAUCUACGGCGCCGUCCUCGAGUGGGACCGCCAGGCCGCGCUCUCGGACUACAUCCCGUUCCGGCCCACCCGCGCGCCCGCCGCCGUCGUGGCGCUGCGCGGCACGCUGCUCAAGGCGCCCACGUUCCGCCGCGACGUCGUCGACGACCUCCGCUUCCUGGCCUGGGACAGCCUCAAGGGCUCCGUGCGCUUCGCCGGCGCGCUGGCGGCGCUGCGGGCGGCCGCGCGCAAGUUCGGCGUCGCCAACGUGUGCGUGGGCGGGCACUCGCUGGGCGCCGGGUUCGCGCUGCAGGUGGGCAAGGCGCUGGCCAAGGAGGGCGUCUUCGUGGAGUGCCACGUGUUCAACCCGCCGUCCGUGUCGCUGGUCAUGAGCCUCAAGGGCUUCGCCGAGACGGCCGGCGAGCUGUGGGGCCGCGUGCGCGCUUGGAUACCCUACAUGGGCACCCAAGCCGGCGGGGACGCGGGCGGCGGCAGCAACAGCGAGAGCGAGGCCAAGGCGUCGCUGGCGCGCGCCGGGAUGGCCAAGUGGCUGCCGCACCUCUACAUUAACACCAACGACUACAUCUGCUGCUACUACAGCGACGCCGCGAGCGGGACGGCCACCGUGGCCGUCGGCAGCGGGGGCGGGAGCGGCACUAGCAAGGCCGGCGUGGCGAGGAUGGUGGUUGUUUCCAAGGGGCCGAGCAAGUUCCUGGCCGCGCACGGGCUGGAGCAGUGGUGGGCUGACGAUGUCGAGCUGCAGGUGGCGCUCAACCACAGCAAACUCGUCGACCGCCAGCUCAGGUCGCUCUACGCCCCGCCACCAGCCGCACCAGCCGCUCGGAGUUAG